AUGGCAAAGAUGUCAAGGGCACGCGGAACCCCGGAGGCCGAAGAAGCAAGAUCGACUCAAAACUAUGCCUCGGCACUACGUAGGCUGUACAAACGUCGUCAGGCCAUACGAACCGCCGCCCCCUUCACAGCCGCCGUCGUCGCGGUGGCGGAAUCCUGGAUAUACGUGAAUGGCACACUGUGUCACAUGUCGGAGAGGACCCUGCGCGUACUCGACUUGCACAAGUCUAGCGGUCAGGAAGUUAUCAUCGAUGUGCGAGCCCUAUUGGACGAAGCAGUGGCAGCAUCCCGGGGUGCCCGGAAGUACAAGUUCCAGAUUCUGCACUACGCUGAGGGCAUUGUGUCCUGCCUCUACACCCACUGCAGGCCGGUCGUGGAGAGCUGGUUAGUCGUCUUCAAUGUUCGAGAGCAGAGGCUGUUGACCACCCUCGGUCUGGACACCACGUACAAGAUAUUUGUCCGUAAUGAUUGUGAUUACCUCUACUUCGGAACUCACUCGGAGUUCGGCAAUGAUGGGUUCCGGCGAUGGGUUCUCAUGGGCUAUGACAUCGAGGGCGAUCGGUGGUUUGAGCAGAAGGUCCAUCUCCUGGACAUGGUCGGCUCUGACAUUGGACAGUCCAUCGCCUUCGAGAUCAUAGAUGGCAAGUUCUACGGCCUCUCCAACCAGACAAGCUUCGAGGUCGACGAAGUUGACUGGACUUCACACUACCACUGCUUCAGGUUUCCUGUCGCAGCGCCAAAGCCUAAGACAACCGAGAGGUCUGUCAAGGACAAGAUGUGGCGAAGACAGCACGCAGAGGGGCCAAUCGAUGACCGGUGGUCAUUCAUCCGCCUCAUCCGGGAUGAGCGAGACCCAAAGCAGCUACAGGUUCUGGAAUCUCGGAAGGAGUGGCUGGCCGGGAGUUCUGGACGGCGGAACUACUACACAACCAAGCUGGUCUUCCCGGACAAGGCGGCCGACUCAGACGAAAGAGAAGGCAGCAACAGCAGCAGCAGUAGCACCAGCGGUACCGACCCAGAUCCGGACCCAGACGCCAACAACGUCGGAGGUGGCAUCAUCAUCAACCCAGCCACUGAGACCAUUCCGGAAGUGAGGCCACACACAAGCUACGACCUACCACACAGCAUCCCGCCGGCCCGCCCACGCUGCCCAUUCACCACGCACGCAGGCGAUGACGCCUCAACAGCUCUCAUGUUCACGCUAAGCAAGUGCUUCAUACGUUCAUACCACCCAGCAAGCCAGACCUUCCUGGACCUCGUCGACGAUCCCCUGACCAGCACAACCGCCACGGAACACGACAGCGGGCCCGCGGCACCGCGGCUGCGCCUCCGCGCCGGAUCACGCAAGCUCCGCCCCGCCAUGGAUAUCCUGGCGGACCCAAUUGCGCGGGACCCGGCGCAGCCGCACGGGCGGCGCGCUGCGCGGCUGUACGAGGGCGGGGCGCGCAACACCAUCACCUUCUGGCCGCCGGAGAGCCCGCCCGACGCGCGCACCGACCCGGCCGUGCUGGCCGAGCUGCACCGCGUCGUCAACCCGCCGGCGCACGCCGGGGCCGUCCGGGGCGCGUGGGACGAGCGGUCGCUGGUCUACUCGACCGGCACGGGCGGCGGCAUGCAGGCGCUCGUGUUUGUGAGCUUCGACCCUGGUGUCCACCUGCAGGGGCUGAAGGAGUGGGGGGACGAGUGUGCGCGGCGGGAUAGUGGCUACGGCACUGGGCUCGGAGAGGAGGGUGGGAGUGAGGCAGAGGGGGACGGGGCCACCCUCCAUUGGCCGGCUGAGCCUGCGGGCGAGGAGGCAGGCAAGGGAAAGGGGAAGCAGGUUCCCGUGUCACCAGUGCUGGACGACGUGGACGAUGCGGUGUCAUCGUCGCCUCCUCAGUCGGUCGGGUAUUGUCCUGGCUGGACCCCCGAGGCGUCGUUUGACUGGCCCGUCGAGGUCACCGGUGCAGGUGAUCGGUGCAAGGGGAAGGGGAAGGUGGCAGGACCGGCUAGGGACGCUGCAGCCUCGUCUGAUAAUGGUGAUGAUGGUGGCGGUAAUGACGGCAACGGGACAGAGCGGGAUGCUGCAGCGCCGCUACUGGAUGUUGGUGCCGGGGACUCGUUCAGUUCGGCUGGCCAGGCCUAUUCUUCCUUUUCCUCGUUCUACUCCACCGCGGAUGAAGGGGCGUCUGGUGCUUCUUCUUCGCAGCAUCCACAGCCUCACGAACCUGCAGCAGCAGCAGCACCACCAACAACAACAAGCCCUGCGCUGUCCGGCUGCAAAUGGGCACGCACGGAAACGGCUAUGUGGCGGGAGAUCGCUCUUGGUUUCAAUGGCUUGCCGGAUUUCACGAGCCCGAACAGGCGAGCGGGAGGAGAUAGAAGUGCAGUCUAG